UUUGGGUAACACUUUCGCAAGCACACGGAUCAUUAUAGCUCCUCCCUUGGUGAUCUUCUGUCGAGUGGCGAGUAUAUAUACAGACAGUAAUAAGAGAUGGACAUGAUGCUUUAUUUCUUGACUCCGCAUCUGUCACGCAUUGUCUUCCAAUUCAUAAGAUGUCGUAUGUUGCAAUCACCGGGAAGACACACGUGGACGAGCCACUACAAUGCCACAAUAUUGCAUUGGUAAAGAAUAACGAGUUUCAUUUAGUUCAAGUCAAUGGUACAUGGAAACGCAAAACGGUAAAGAAUUUUAAUAAAAACUUGAAAGGUCGAAUAUCAGCUGCCAAAAUCUAUGAGAGCACCACGGAGCAAGGCACCUCCUGGACAGUGAUCAGUCCCAUCGUCUUCACCUACAAGGUGAUUGAGUCCCUGGGCCUGCUGGACCCCAGCAACGACACCCUGCUCCUGGGCCACAUCAGGGACCCCCAGCAGCAGGAGGCCCUGAGGAGCAGCAUCAGCACCAAGCCCCUGAGGCGCUUCGUGGUCAUGGACCAGACCGUCUACAACCUCUAUGGCUGCCAGCUCACAGACUACUUUGAGGCUCGUAAUGUUCUCUACAGGAUCCUGCCCUUGACCACCACAGAGGAAAACAAGUCCAUGGAGCUGGUGAUGAAGAUCCUGGAGGAGGUCCAUAAGUUCUCCCUGGACAGACGCACAGAGCCCAUUAUUGCUAUUGGUGGAGGGGUCUGCCUGGACAUCGUGGGCCUGGCGGCUUCCCUCUACAGGAGACGCACCCCCUACAUCCGUGUCCCUACCACCCUCCUCUCCUAUGUCGACGCCAGCGUGGGGGCAAAGACCGGGGUGAACUUUGCCAAUUGUAAAAAUAAGCUGGGUGGCUACAUCCCCCCAGUGGCUGCUUUCCUAGACCUGUCCUUCAUUCAAACAGUUUCCCGAAGACACAUCUCCAAUGGGCUGGCCGAAAUGUUAAAGAUGGCCUUGAUGAAACACAGAGGUCUCUUUGAGCUGUUGGAGACCCAUGGUCCGUUCCUGUUGGACUCCAAGUUCCAGUCUGACAGCGGUCUUCAUGGGGACAACAAAGACGCUGCCUCCGUGUCCACGCGCGUGGCCAUAGAAGCCAUGCUAGAGGAGCUGGCCCCCAACCUGUGGGAGGAUGAUUUGGACAGACUGGUAGACUUUGGUCACAUUAUCAGCCCAGAGCUGGAAAUGAAGGUGCUCCCAUCCUUGCUGCACGGAGAGGCGGUCAACAUCGAUAUGUCCUACAUGGUGUAUGUGGCCCGUGAGAGAGGCCUCAUGACAGAGGAAGAAAAGCUGCGGAUUAUAGGCUGCAUGGUGGGGCUGGAGCUGCCUGUGUGGCAUCAGGACGUUACUUUGGCACUGGUGCAGCACUCACUUUGUGAGAGGCUGAAUCACUCUGGUGGACUGGUCAGGAUGCCUCUACCUAUUGGCCUAGGGCACGCAGAGAUCUUCAAUGACACGGGUGACGAAAGCCUGUACAGAGCGUUUGAGAAGUGGUGUGAUGAGCAGCGACUGCAGUGACCUGAACUGGUCCAAAGACUUUGUAUUGCUGUAGAUGAUUUAUGUUGAACGAUUGAAAUGUUUGGAACAAGGAUGUGUCAUUUCUGCAUGACACAUUGGCACAGAUAUCUGGAAUGCUCAACAAUUUGUCCAUGGUUAUAGAUGAUAUUUGUUGGUGCUUUUGAUUUUUUCAGAUUGACUUGAUUUGAUUGGAAAUAGCAUGACCUGUCUUGUCAUAUUGAACAAAAUCAACCUCACAGUUUUACUGCUACGUUACCAAAAGGGAUUUUCAUCAAAACUGUAUGUUUUAUGACUUUGUUUUGCUAUUGAUGAUUUUGAUGUCUCUUUUUCAUCUCCAUUAAAUCAUGUUUAAGAACUUAA